GAAAUGAGAGGGGAGUAAAACUCAGUGACCCCAGAGUAGUGAGAUGGGAAGAGACCUGGGUUUGGAAUCAAGAGCUGAUCUCUGGCACUUUCUCCCUGUGUGACAUUGGGCAAAUCAGUUUCAUUCUCUGGGUCUUAGUUUCUCCAUAUAGAAAAUGGAUUUCAGGCUACCUCAUCCAUGUAUAUUCACCCCUGACUCCAAGAAGCCGCGUAUUAGAAAAUCCUUUCAUCAUUUCAGGCUGAAGAGAAGCUGCAGGAUGAUUCCAAGAAGAAAUUAAUGCAGCUUCGAGAGAUGGGGUGCAGAGAGCGCCUUAUUAAAGACAAUUUGGACAAAGCAGUGUGUCAGCUGGAACAUUUCCGAAGUCAAAUCAUCGAAGCCAUUUAUGGCCGAGGGAAACUUCCCCAGUCCAGGAUCGUCACCAAUCAGCAGCUGGUAGAAACCAUCUCCCAUGUCAUCGAGGACAACUUCAAAUUGCAGAAGAAAAAUAUCACCACGAAUAAGAGCAGCUGGUCCAAUGACAUCAGUAAGGAGGAGCUCUUGGUCCAACUGGGAAAGCUGAAGGCCUUCUUGGAGGACUGCCAGAUUUGCUUGAGAUUGUCUUGCUGUAGCAAUGACUUGAGAAAGCAGCUCAUUCACCUUCAGAAGUUCUCCGUGGAUGCCUCUGUGAUGUGGCUGCACAAAGUGAUUGUGGAGAUCCUGCAGGUGGUGGUGCUCUGGGUGGAGAAGUUUGAGCAUCUCCUGAAGGAUGUGGGCAUUGAGCUGUCUCACUCCGACAAAGGAUUGUCCACAUAUUUGACUAAGUUUCUGGAAAAUCAUAAGAAAAUUGCAAAGAAGAACCAGGAACUCCAGGCGGAUGUCAAAAAACUACAGGAGACUCACCAUUCCCUGCUGCACAAGAUGAAACAACAAGGCUCGGAGCAUGAGAGACAGAUAAAGGAACAGAUCAAGCAGUUGCAGGAAAAGCUGGAAGAGGAAAACCGGGUUUGGAAGAACCAUAUGAUCGAAGAAAAGAAUCAAGCUAAGACUGCUAUGGAAGAAGAGAAGAAAAAAGUCCAAGAUCUUGAGAAUCACUUAAAAAAGCUGAAAAAGGAAGUGGAAUCUAAAUCCAAAGAAGGGGGAGUUUUAAGCUCUCACUUAAAUGAAGCACUGACUAUGGUAGAAGAGAGCCAACGGACAAAGUCCGAAGACCAGAAAGAAAAAGAAUCCCUCGCUCUGAGUUUGAGCAAAGCUUUGGCAGAACUCAGUGAAGCCAGAAAGAAACAAAUCCUUCUGGGGGAACAACUUUUGGAGCAGCAGGAAGCCUUCAAAAUAAUGGAGGGAGAGAAAGACCUGCAGAAAAAAGACCUGGAGGUGGAGAUUAUCCAAUACAAGGAGCAAGUUAAGCAGCAUUCGCAGACCAUCGUAAUGCUAGAGGAGAGGCUACAGAAGGUGAACCAGCAGAACAAGGACAUCGAAGAGAAGAUUGUGACCCUCAAGGAAAAUAUACCAGCUCAAAAGAAAAUACAUAAAGAUGUAUUACUAAAGACUCUUGCUGCUGGAAAGUCAUAUGACCAUCUAAUGGAAGAAUUCUUGGUUGCCCAAAAACAGCUUAUCUCUCAGCACGAGCUCAUCGUUGCCCUGAAAACAGAACUUUCCAAAUUCCACACCAAGAUGUCUACAACAAAAGCUGAUUUUGAUGAGCAGCUAAAAACAGAAUUGAAGCAGAAUCUCUUCCUGAUUCAGCAACGGGAGCAGGAGUUGAGUGAGCUGAAGGAGAAGUUGAUUCAGAUGUCUAACCUGCUGGAGAAAAAGAACAAAGAGAUUGAAAACUUAAAGGCUUCUCUAAGAAACUCCGCCCCUGUAGAAACUAAAAGCUGCUGCAUUAUGUGUGAUGUGGGGAUACAAGUGGACAAUAAUGAAAAAGAAAUGUAUAUCUUGAAUCAAGAGGUUUCAUCCUUCAUUGAACUAGGGACUAAAUGCAAAGGGCUCCGACAUGAGGAAACCAUUCUGCGCCAGAAAAAGGGCCUGUGUGAACUACGGGAGCGAAUCAAGGAACUGGAAAAGAUCCCAGACUCAAGUGCCAGAGAUGCUGGGAUGGAUCCAGUUCCAGAACCUAAGAAACCCAAACUGGGAAAAAAUGCCAGAAUGGGGGAGAAGGACCCAAAUUUAUCGUGUCUGCCAAACAUCGAUCUCAAAGUGGGAAGCAAACCAAUUCACAUUUUGCCCCCAAGUCAGUUUUCCAGCUCAGCUGCAGAGAAGUCAGCAAGGCUGAAUUUGACUGAAACCCUAGACCUCAGUGAGAAACUGUAUAUGGACAUGAGUAAAACCCUCAGCAGCCUAAUGAACAUCAAGGAUAUGUCAGGACACAUAUCUAUGAAAUACGUGUCCCAGAAGGAGCGGGAUAGGAUCUACCAGCUUCGUCAGAGAGACCUAGACCUGGUGUUUGAAAAGAUCAGCCAACUCAAGAAUCGGCUGGAUCGCAAGGAGGAGCUUUUGAAAGAAUAUGAGAAAAAUAAUGAGGUGCUCAGGCAGAAUAAAGUGCCCGUGCAGGAGUACCAGGAACAGGUGAGUAAACUAGAAGAUGAAAUCUACAAGGAGACAGAAGAGAAAGCUCUGCUAAAAGAAGCCCUGGAGAGGGCUGAGCACCAGCUCAGCCUGGAGAAGAGGAUGAACCGCUCCAUCAAGCAGCAAAAGGAACGGUUAGAGGAGCAGGAGCAGAAGAGCUUAAAGGAAAUGCCCCCUUUCACCUGCACAACGAAAGAGAGGCAUGAACGGAAGCCAGUAUACGCUGAAAUGUUGAAGAGCAAAGUUACUGAACCACCUUCUAUGAAGCCAGUAUACGUUGAAAUGUUGAAGAGCAAAGUUACUGACUCAACUUCUACGCUGAGGGCCAAAAAGAUCACCUCCAAGACAGACCAGGAGAAAGAACUACCAAACAAAGAACCACCACAUAGAGCCUUCCUGGAAAUCCUCUUCUCUAAAACAAACUAUAGUGAUUAAUAAAAUUGUGCCCCACUACACUUUUCAAAUCACAAGCCCCUUGGAGCCUUCUCUGGACAGAUGUGGAAUGCUGCUCCUAGAUCUCUGAAUCUCACCUAGAAUUGGCUUCUCCUCCCUCCCCUAGGACUUGCAUUUUGCACAAGACCAAAUUUCAGAAUGUGUGGGGGAAAAGACACGGGUGUGUGUGUGUGUGUGUGUGUGUGUGUGUGUGUGUGUGUGUAUGUGUGUGUGUUUAAUACCUUCAGAUGAAUGUGUGACAUCCCCCAAAUCAAAAUCAUUAAUGCAGAAUCCAGGGUCUUGAGUAGAAAGAUGAUGCAAUGCAUUGUUUGGAUUACGGCCAAGUGGAGGCUCCCCCUAGCCCUCUACCCCUCUUCUCCAGUAAAUCCUUUAGUGGACCACAGGGCAAAAAGUCCUGUGGUUCUGGCAACUCUUGUUCUGAGCUGCCUCCAUAUGAUAGGAUGGGACUUUGGGCUGCCAAGGGAGGGAGUGUUAAACAUUGAAUUCUGAGUUCAUAGAAAUAAAUUUAGAAAAACUUAGUUCAUAAACCAAGCCAAAAGUCCUCAGGAACAAAUUGAGUUCUCAUGGACGAAAAAGUCAAGGGCAUUAUUGUCAGUUAAACCCAUUUUCAUUAUGCUAAGAAUACCUGUUCUUUUCUUCAGUUGCUUUUCCCUUCAUUCGACACUUUCUCAACUCUCUUUUCAAUCCCUUUGUCAUGUCUCUUUUAUAAAUGUCUUUCAAUUUAUAACAAAGGUGGCUAAACCCAUCAAGAGUGAGAAUUCACUGCUGUCAUUGACCACAAUAAAAUUAUUUUUCAAGAUUUUAGUAGUCAAUGCCUUUAUUAUACUAUGUAGUACCUGAGGAUGCCUAUUCUCCAUUUCCAAGUGGGUUGCACUAGUUUUCUUAGAUUUGAAAUACUUUAUUCACAUCUAGUCAAGAAUCAUAGUUUGUGAGCCCCUACCAAUGUGUUUACUUUUACCAGUCAACCAAUGGAUACAAUUAGUUGAAAACAAGGUAUUUAAUGAAGAAACAUACUAAGAAAAUUAGGAAUAGCAGAUUCUUCUCAUAAACCUAAGACACAUUUUUCCACAAAUAUAUA